ACGACGCAACCGCCAAAACAUCCAAACGAACGAAACAACGCAGCAGCGUACCAAUUUCGUCGUCCCACAAAACAAUACGUUCGCUGCCGAUUACAACGUUUGGGAUUGUAAUUUACCAUCAAAACAGAAUGGGUGCGUUAAACAGCAAAGUUUCCCCAUCGGUGGAAAGCAACAAACAACAGGAAAAUGGUACCCAGCAGGAUCCUCGCUCGCCUACACUGCACAUCAACAGAAGCCCCAUCAGUCAGGAGCAAGCCGGAGUUUCGCGCAGCUCGAUUACCAAAGUAAAGGAUCUAACACCAGCGCUUACGGAACCGUCCGAUCAUACGCUCCGCACGCCGUACAGUCAUCUGCUGCCGAAGCGCUUCCAGUCCAUCAUAGAUCCCCGCUCGCCCAGCACAUUUAACCGAACGCCGAUCGUACUGGAUCCGGACACGGGCGCAGACUGCAGCUUGACCAACGUCGUGUCGUCGCUCGAGUACGAGGAGCUACACAGCGGCCCGGAAGAGGACAUGCAGGAUGCGUCGUUCAAAGAUUGUGACCCGCCACUGCCGGAGAUAUGCAAUCUUCAAAUCGAAUACGACGAGUCGGUACCGUUCGUGGAAGUUGCGGUCGACGAAAAAGAAGUGACGAUAUUCGAGGACGCCGAGGUUGCACCCUUCGCAGGUAGCGAUCCCCGCUCGCCGUGUAUUGCCGUUGCCCGCACACCCAUGGUGCUGGUGAAGGAAGAGGAAGAGGAGGAAGCUGUGCCGGAGCCGAACAAUCAGCAGCAGGUAGCAAAUCUGGCAGCGCUUCCAACCGACCUGAAAGCGGCUGUCGAAAGGCAGGAACGUACCCCAAAGCAGGAAAUACAGGAUAGUGAGAAUCGGGGCGAGCAAACGCCGAAAAAGGGCAAGCUUACGCCGAGCGGCGGCAGUAUUAAGUCGGGCAAUCGUACGCCGCUCGGCUGCGUGACCAACAUUGGAGCCGUAUCGAACAACAUCCGUAAGAUGGCACUGAUUGGCCAGAUCAAGCAGAGCAUGGUGAUGGUGGCCGACGAACAGAAGCUUAUUCCGCGCGGUGGAAACACGGGCAGUGCCGAGUUGAGCACGUUGGCCAAACAAACCAACCGUUCGCGCAUUCCCAAGCUUCGAAUGUCGUAGAAUUCCUGACUCGCAUUUUCUUUACUAUUUUAUUUUAUAUAAGGAUAUUUUUUUGGUCGUGUGUUUGUACUGGAUUGAUAAUUAAGUUAAAUAAAUGAAUUAACGAAUG